AUGGACACUAGAUUUGGUAUAUUUCAACAACAAAAAGAUACCAAUGUGUUUCUGUCGCAGUCUGCGAGCAAUGACUAUAUGCAUAGUAAAGGUAAAAAUUCCACUUUACCUUACUACUUUUUAUUGUUCACGAAUCCUUACGAGAUUCACUUUCGCCCCUUUAUCGCCACUGACUGGCUUAUGUUAGAAAAUUAUCAAAUUCCAUCCCCGCCACAGUUUCUUAAUAUCCCUUCACAGGCGCUUACUUCAACACUUCAUCCGCUAGAUAGAUUUCAAUUGGCACUCAAGUUAAUCAACGUUUACAAGGAUACUUUAACUGGCAUCCUCGGAUCUGCUACAAUAACAUCUUCCAAAUCUGCAAAGAGAAUUGCAAUGCUUUCAUCACUAGUCAAAGUACUCACAUAUAAAAUUGAACAGUCGCUCAAUCAGAUCACAUAUGAGAGGCUGAACGCCAAUUUUUGCACAACUUCUCCUUUGUAUGAUUACUACAGAAACCAUUUCGACGUUUACAUGGACUUAUGGAUAAAACACGUCAAAUCCAUGCCACAUACCAUGUAUUGUUGGAAAAAUGCUUCAUCACUUCUAACAGAGUAUGAUAUGUUAUCCGAAGAUACCAUGAAACUGUUGCCACUUUCCCGACACGUUGUAAAAAUGGCACUAGACAAAUUGGAUUUUGAAAACAUAGACUUUAGUACUUCUCUAAAAACUAGCACAGAAGAUGAUGGAAUGAGCGCCAGUUUCACCGACAUUCGAAAAUGCACCAGUUUUUGUGCUAAUAAUUUGGCAGACAUCCUCCAGGAAUUUGCCACCGAAGAGAACGUAAAUGCUUUGUUUGAGCACCGAAGGAAACACAGGGACGAGAGGAGAUUACAUUUGGAAUCUCUCCAAUCAAUGGUGAACAUUGCAGUGUCGAAAUAUCAUCAGGCAUUUACAUUGCUGGAUCAGAAGAAACGCGAACUUAACAAAAUAUCAUCAGAGUGUCUAGACGCUUUGUUUCCAACUAGUGACCCUAAGGACAUUGCUAAAGAGAUCAUUGAGAAUUUUGAAAAAUUAAAAUUUCGAUAA